GGCCGGUGCUGCGGGGCUGCGCGCGCCAUGUCGGGGCGCUCGGUGCGGGCCGAGACCCGCAGCCGCGCCAAAGAUGACAUCAAGAAGGUGAUGGCAGCCAUCGAGCGCGUCCGCAGAUGGGAGAAGAAGUGGGUGACGGUGGGCGACACGUCUCUGCGGAUAUUCAAGUGGGUGCCAGUGGCGGACAGUAAGGAGAAAGAGAAAUCCAAAUCGAGUAGCAGCACAGCCCGAGAAGCCAAUGGCUUCCCAGCUGACACCUCUGCCAACUCCUCCCUCCUUCUGGAGUUCCAAGGUGCUGUUUCUGCAGAUGAGAACAGCAACCAGAGCUCCCUGUCUGAUGUAUACCAGCUCAAGGUGGACAGCAGUCCCAACUCCAGCCCCAGUCCUCAACAGAGUGAGUCCAUGAGUCCUGCCCACACAUCUGACUUCCGCACAGACGACUCACAGCCUCCUACCCUGGGGCAGGAGACCCUGGAAGAGCCCUCCCUGCCUUCCUCAGAAGUGGCAGAUGAGCCUCCCACUCUCACAAAGGAAGAGCCAGUCCCCCUUGAGACUCAGGUAACUGAAGAGGAUGAGGACUCUGGUGCGCCACCUCUGAAGAGAUUUUGUGCUGACCAGAACUCUGUGUGCCACACAGCCUCAGAGAGCUAACCUGCCUGGCCCGGCACCUUCGCCAGCCCCUUGCAGAGCCACCUGGCCCCCCAGGACCAGUGCUUCCCUCCAGCCUGCCCCUUCCCCAGUGUCGGGGCUCCCACCACUCGCAUCAAGUGCGCCCUGCCCUGCCCUAUCCUGCCCUGCCCGAUGGAUGGGGCUGCUGCCAGUACCUGCAAAUUUGCCUCUA